AUGAAUUUUACUGUCAAGCAGGGCACCCAAAGCACCGUAUUUAUUUUGACGCAGGCUUCUGAACGUUUGCUCGCUGCUGCUCAAGCCAACAUUGUUGCCCAACGAUCUCUGAGGUCCCACGACCCGCUGAGUGACAAGGAAGAGAGUGAGGAAAGAGGGCUCGGUAGUAAAUUGAAGGAGCUCAAACUUUGGUGGAUGCUUAAAAGGGGCAUGAACUCCAAGCAAUACGCCAAGGCCAUCGGGUUGAAAAGCCUUAAGCAAAACGCGAACUGGGAUCCGAAACUCGAAACGCUCGUCAAAUACGCCGCUUCCUAUGGAAAGAAAAACUAA